AACGUUAAAGAAAUAACAAAAUAUUUAAUAUCUUGUAUUUUUGAUUGUAAUACCUGCUGGAAUAGUUCUUAUCUAGCAUGGACAAGAUUAAUUCAAAUUAAAGCCUAUAUUGAACUUCUUAUUACAGAUCUUAUUACACAUGACAAAGCUGAAGAACGCAAAGAUGGCAAAUUAUUAAAAGAAAUUAAUUUAACAAAUUCAGAAUGGGAUUUAUUAAAAGAACUUUUACAAGUUUUAGAUCCAUUUGAAGAAGCAACAAGAUACUUAGGAGGCUCUUAUUACUCUACGUAUAGUUUUAUUUAUGCUGUUAUUGAAAAAUUAAAAGAAUUUUUUAAACUAACGAUUAAUAAGUUAAAUAUAGAAAAUAUUGAAGAUACUCAAGAUGUAUUUGAUCAAGAUGAAGAUGAGCAAUCAGAAUUUACUAGUUAUAAUAAAAUUAAUAUACCAGUUAAUACUGUAGGUUUACUGAAUGAAGUUAAAAAAAAAAUAUAUAUGACUCUUUGUCAUUACUAUUCAGAUUAUACUCCUCAAGAAUUAGUAUCAGCUCUAUUAGAUCCACGACUUAAAUCUCUUGACUUUAUAAAUGCUUUAAAUAGAUCAAAAGUUGAAUUAACUCUUCGGAAUUUGUAUAUUAAUGAAAAGGCUUUAGAAAACCAAGUACAUCCUUUAAGAUAA